GGGCGGCGGGGCUUGGGCCGGCGCCGGGAACGGGGAUCUCCCGCCCUUCGCGGGUUCCCCCGGGCCGUCUGCGCUACCGGCGCUGCGGGCAGGGACGGAAGCGCCGCAGGGUCUGUGCGUGCGGGGGCGCGAACUGUUCCCAGCACUCGCGCCGGCAGCGCCGCUCGCGGUCCCUCUCCUGCCCCUGCGGUUCCGCUCCCUCUCCUGUCGCCCCUUCCCGCUGCCCUCCGCAAGGACAGCGUCCCCCUCCCCGGUUAUGUAAGCCCCGGCCCUCCGCCCUGCUCACCGGGAGCGGUGGCGGGGCCCGGGCAGUGCCCGCUCGCUGCCAGCCCUCGGGGCGCGCUUGGGCAGGGGAAGGAGCUGGGAGAGAAAUCGGAGCUCGCAGCGAGCCCGGCUGGCGCCAGGAGCCGAGUUUCGGCUUUCAGUGGGUAUGGCUUAAAAGAACAUUGGUGUUUAUUUCUGUAGGAGAAGCGGGGAGGUGUCCCGAAAUCCUGGUAGUGCACUGAAAGCUGCUGAAAUUGUUGUGACCUUUUUGAUAAGAAAUGGAUCUUACUGUGCAAGUAUGGUACCAUGAAAGUUUACAAGACUAUUAUCAAUCAUCUUUGACUUCUCUGUGAAAACGGGGUAGUACUUGAAGGCUUGACAAAUGCAUCCCAGGUUGAAAAAUUUCUGCAUUCCUUCUCCUCUUCCUCCUUUAGAAAACUGACUUCUUUAAAGAGUAAGAGAGAAGCAAAAGAAGUAAGAAAAUGCUGGGAUCAGAACGAGGUGUGGUGGAAGAAUGGCUGUCAGAAUUCAAGGCAUUACCUGAAUCACAAAUUUCCAGCUAUGCAGCUACAUUGCACCGAAAAAAACCACUGGUACCAGCUCUUUAUAAGGUCAUUCAAGACCCAAACAAUGAGCUCCUGGAGCCUGUUUGCCACCAGCUCUUUGAACUGUAUCGCAGUUCUGAAGUUCGGCUCAAGAGGUUCACGCUGCAGUUUUUGCCAGAGCUGAUCUGGGUUUAUCUGCGUCUCACUGCCAGCAGGGAUAGGCAGAGUAAUGGCUGCAUUGAGGCAUUGCUGCUUGGCAUUUACAACCUGGAAAUUGCUGACAAAGAUGGAAAUAACAAAGUUUUGUCUUUCACCAUCCCUUCAUUAUCUAAACCCUCAAUAUAUCAUGAGCCCUCUACCAUUGGAUCCAUGGCUUUAACUGAAGGAGCAUUAAGUCAGCAUGAUCUUAUCAGAGUAGUUUACAGUGAUCUUCAUCCUCAAAGAGAAACCUUCACAGCACAGAACCGGUUUGAGGUGCUGAGCUUUCUUAUGCUGUGUUACAAUUCAGCUAUUGUCUACAUGCCUGCUUCUUCUUACCAGUCGCUUUGUACGAUGGGCUCCAGGCUGUGUGUCAGUGGAUUUCCACGGCAGCAUGAGAAACGCUGGAAAGAGCACUGUGGUAGAGUGGUGUUAGACCCUGACUUCAUGGUGCAGCUGCUCACAGGUGUCUAUUAUGCCAUAUAUAAUGGUCAGUGGGAGCUUGGCCAGGAGGUGUUGGAGGACAUAAUUUACAGAGCACAGCUUGAACUCUACUCACAGCCCCUGCUGGUUGCAAAUGCCAUGAAGAAUUCGCUGCCUUUUGAUGCUCCUGAUGCAUCACAAGAAGGCCAGAAGGUACUGAAAGUCGAAGUUACUCCAACAGUUCCAAGAAUUUCUCGGAGUGCUAUUACAACAGCUUCCAUCCGUCGCCAUCGCUGGAGGAGAGAAGAUGGCUUUGACUUCUCAAUCGAGGCUGACUCAAGCAUUCCUGGCUCACCGAUCCAACACGGCUGCACAGACCUAGGGAUCAAACGUGAGCAAGAGGGGGAGGUGCUGAUGCGCAGGACCCCUGAGCAUGGCUUCCCGGAGCCCACCCUGGCAGCAGCCACAACAGAGGAUACUGAAGGUGUAAAUGGAAGAGAGGAGUCUGUAAACCUUAAUGAUGCUGAUGAAGGAUUUUCAUCGGGAGCUUCCCUCAGCAGCCAGCCAGCUGGGACCAAACCUGUAUCCUCUGUAUCCCAGAAGAGCAGCUUAAGGAAAACAGCAAGUGGGCGUUCUGCUAAGGAGAAAGAAACCUCUUCUGCAGCAAAAUCCAAUGAGAGCCCUCGGGAUUCAGUAGCUCGAAAGCAGUACACGCACCAAUCCUCUGACCUGGAUGGAGAUAUAAUUGAGAUGACGCCUACUAAGAAACACCUCAGCCUGCCUGCUGGGCAGGUGGUGCCAAAAGCCAACAGUUUGGGCCUGAUCAGGACCGCCAGUGCUUCCUCCAGUAAAUCAUUUGACUAUGUGAAUGGCAGUCAGGCAGGCUCCAGUGUUGGAGCUGGCACAGAGGGUUUUACCAGUCUAGCAGCUGGCAACACCAAUCGGUUUUCAACUAUCAGCCUACAGGAGGACCGGCUAGGCCAAGGUGGGGAAGGUAAAGAUCUCCUUUCCCCAGGAGCUCCCCUAACCAAGCAGUCUCGAUCUCCGAGUUUCAAUAUGCAGCUGAUAUCCCAGGUGUAACUUUGACUCCCUUCCUUAGUAUUCCCUCUUCCCACUUAAUCCCUGGCAAAUUCAUCCUUAGGCAAAACAUGAACCAUCAUCCCACAGUGUGAAAAUACUGCCCGUUGUGAUCUCGUUUCAUUUGGUUUAGCUAUCAUACUGUAUUACUGAAACAGCAAUAAUUCUUCCCUCACCUUCAUCCUCCUUCCCCCAUGUAAACAUGGUUGUGAAGCAGUAUGUCAUGUACUGUACGCCUUUUUCCAUGCCUUCCUUUCUCUUUGGGUGAUGUGCAAUCCAUCGUAGGCUGAUCAGUCCCAUUUCAACACUGUGAGACUGGAGACACCGGCGGAAAUGGUGAAUGUGAUCCCUAUGAGAUGAUGCUUUGGCUUUGUUAAGAAAUAGAAACGGGUUUGUUUUCUCGGUCUACAGUACUGCAAAGACUACUGGAUCCUGACUUGUCUUUCUCAGAACCAGGAGUGCCUCAGAGAUUCUAGUGUGACUUUGGACCUCUCUGAGUCUGUGCAAUCAGUUCUGGGGAGGGGAUUGUCAUUGCUGCUCCUGGCUGCCUACAGCACUUUUUUCACUAAGUGAGGGUAGUUUUUCAUGACUGCCCCAGUCUCAUCCCAGAAGCUUUUGAUGUUCAGCAACUGAGACAUGCAUAUUAAGAAGCUGUAUUCCCUCGCAGACAGGAUUCUAGGUUGAUAAUGUAGGUUACAAUGCACUUCUAAUGGCGUUGUAGCCAUUUGUAAUGUUACAUGUCUUCCCCUCCAGGACACAGGGUCAUUCUGCAUUUAGACUAAAAGUUAGAUACCACCAUGCUGUUAAAGCAAUUUGGUUUGUAAGUGGGAAGGAAACAUUACUUCCCCAGGAAAUAAUGGCUAGCUCUGCUUCAUUUUUAUUGUCUGCUUCAUUUUUUUGUUGUGAGGUGCUGAUCACCGAAUUGAAAGGUGUAUUCGGGUAAAGAGUAUUUCUCAGGCUGCUGUCUUUCGUACCGUGGCUGUUGGGACACCCCCACCCCUUUCAGCUACUUUCUCCAUGUCCCUGAAUUCAAUGAUGGAAUCAUUUGAGGAAUCCUAUAGUUCAGACAGACCAUACUCUCAAGGUGCUGUCUCAGGGAUAGAGACAAUAUUUUGCUAGGAACACUGAAGUUUCAAUGUGAAAUGCUUUUCUAGCAAUGCCGUUUGUGCAAAGGGGUACUGACAGUCCAGUUUUUUUCCCCCAGAAGGAUCACACUUCAUUGCCUUGGUAUAUAGAAUCUUUUCAGGUUUUUUUUAACUCUUAUUUUUUGUGGAUUGGCCCUGCUCUAGAAAAUGCAGAACUCGUGCCAUUGAGCCAAGCCUCGAAUGUAUAUGACUGGUGUGUGGGCACUGGCUGGUACUUAUGUUAGAGGAUGCUGCUUAGAAGCACACUUCUGGUUACCCUGGAGAAUGAAUGUCAUUCUUUCUCCAUCUCUCUGUAUCUCUUUUUGGAUUGAUAGAAAAGGGGAAAGUUCAUCCUCUCUGCUCAAGUAAUGUAUGAUAUCCUGGAAGUUUACAAACUGUAAACCUUCAGGGAAGAGUUACAAUUUUUAUGUGGGCACUUUGUUUCACUGUCACUGUGAAGGAUAAACGUAAGCAGUUACAAACAGCUGGCUGCCUUUGAAUGAUACUAUUUAAGAUAUUCAGUACAAUGAAUGACAUGGUGUGGUAUUGCUGAUAGUUGAUUUUGGUGGGGAUUGUUUUUUUUUUAAGCUUUAUUUAAGAUAGAUUUUUUUUCAAAUUCACAUUAAAAUUCAUUAAAAUAUUUGAAGGUUUUUUUGUGGUUUGAUGAGUCACUUUGGUAGACUAGUCUUCAUAUACAUUCAUAAAGUGAAUUUAGUGGCAUCUGAUGUAGAAAUUCAGGUAAAGAGUAAAUAGACUCAUCGGAAGGAAAACCUGACAGUUUCUAAAUAGAAAAUAAUUUUUAAGGAUCACCAGUCAUGCACAGAUGGAACUAAGGCAAAGCUGAGAUGAAGCUACAAGGCUUACAUUUGUGUAAAAAUGUCAAAAGCUGUAUAUGGUUAAAAUCUUCUUUACAAAAUAAAAUUUUCCUAGUGCAGACAGUUGGUAAGUCAUGACUGGAAGUACCAAGUUUAUGCUUUGCAGAGACUAUCAGAAAGGAAGUUUUGCUUAAAUAUUUGCUUAAAGAAAAGGUCAGGAGUGUCAUCUAAUUUUCUAAGAAUUACUUAAUUUUAGUAUUUUAAAAAGUAAAGCUGUUCAUUAGCAAGGUUCUCUACUUUCUAUAUUUGUCAUUAGAUGCAUUUCUCCAGAAGUUUUAGGGCACUUAAAUUGGCAUCAGGUCAAAUUUUAUAACCUUUUUUAAAAGCAAUUUUUUUUUCUGUGGGGUCCCACACUACAAAAACUAUUUCAGGAAAGUGAGACGGCUUUGCUGACUUCAGAUAGGGAAGUCAAAUCUACAUCUGUAAAUUCAAAUUGUCAAAAACCUCAGUCCAACUACCUUUUAAAUUGUUUUUACACUUGUCAUUUUGAUCAUGUGCCUUUUUUAUGGUUUCAUUCAUUGUAUUUUGGUUUGUUCUUGUAUAUAUAUACCUAUUCCAUAUCAGUAUAUUUAAAAAGAGUUCAAAUUUAUCCCUGCUAAAAAAAAAAUACGGUUUCUAUCUGCUGGCGUGGUACAUCUGUGACUUCUCAAAAAUUAUCCUUUCAGUGCAGUGUUUCAGUUGUGGGAGCUUGUUUUGUUGUUUUUCAGACAAGUACUGUUGAACAUUUACCUUCCCAAUGAAGUCAUCCCAAGUACCUACAAACCAGCUGUGGCAGGAGGCUCUGCAGUGCUGUGUAUCAUGUUUGUCAUUACUGCUGCUAGACGUGUCUCAAACCGCUCUAAGGUGUGGCAAGAUCCUAACAAAUCUUUAUCCAUUAUGUUCUGUACAUUCCAAAGUACUGUGGCAGAAAUAAAAUUAGAAGUGUCUGGGAUAUGGGUGGAGGGAAUAAUCUGCUGGGUUUCUGAUUAUAUAUGUUAAAUACUAAACAAAGUACAAAGCAGACUUAAAUUUUGUGACACCUGUGACAAAUGUUUAGACUUAAAUCAAACCUCCUUAUCCUAAAUUCACUCUGCUGUCUCUUCUUUUAGAACAUUUGGUGCUGGAGGCACUAGAUUUAGAUUUCUGCACUGUUUGAGUGCAACUGCAGAAUUAUAAAAGGGCAAGAAGCAGAACACUAUGAUUUUCCCCUCCAUAUAUGUGCAAGCAUGCACAUACAUUUAAUUUUUAGGUGAGGAAGGGUAGAUUCUAUAUUCUGAUGCAUACAUUUACUUCAGUAGGGUAAAAUUAAAUGUUCCUUGAUACACAUCACAAUAUGCUGCCAUUUUGCAACUUUUUUUUGGACUUUAUCAUUUUAAGGAAAUACAAAAUGUUGGAAUUGUGAACUCUAGCUUGAUUAUCCUUUCAGGGAUUUAUUGUGAGUAGCUUUUUGGUUGAAAGGAGUUUGAAAGGUGAACCGUAUUUUCAUUAGGCAGAGAGCAAAGUGGUUAAGUAAAAAUACCUAUUAAAAUUAUUGUUGCAAGAUGACCAUUUCAAUUUCUGUAUUAUUCCUUUAAGUUUUCAAUUGGAGAAAUUCAUAAAAUGGGUACUUUGGUAUUGCUGUCCAUUUUAAAUGCAGUUUUCUUUGAACACCCUUUCUGAUGUGAAUUUGAAGUUUUUUAACAGCAUACUUCAUUCUGUAAUGCUGAACAUCAUGUUGCAGCCAGUAAGCAUUAGAUCAAGUAUUUGUAGUUUGCAAGUGUGUUGGUCUUAAAUGCAUUUCCAACAUACUCCUGCUAGCUUUAACGUAAUUAAAGUCAUCAAUAUAGUGAGAAAAAAAAAAAAAAGAUAUUUUCUGACAAAGUAUUUAUUUGCACUACUUAUGAAUACUGGAGUUUACUGGGACAGGGUUUUUUCUCACCAUGUGAGGUUUACUUGUGUGUGAGUAGGUGCAUACAUUUGUCACGUGUUGACAAUCAAUUGCCUCAACUGUGUGUAUACUGUUUGUAAAUAGGAACGUAUUUUUCAAGAUUAAGGGGGAAACCUGCAUCUUAGUGGUGGUAAAGCUACUCUGCAGUAAGGUGACUCCAACUCUGCUUUUUGUCUUCAGAUACUGUGUGGUUUGUUUUACUUCUUUAAUGAAGUUUAUGAGUGUUCUUGGAAAAUUGUAGCUCCAGGGAAAUUUUCCUCAAUAUUUAAUGUAUAACAUGUUCAGAGAAUUAUAUUUUGAAAAAUUAAUUUUGGAAUAGAUAAUUCUAUGCUAUGGCUGUAUUUUAACCUAAGAGUUUGAACUUGUCCUAUUUUAUCAUGAACCAAUGGCUAUCUCCUCUAAGUGUUCAGCAUUUUAACUUUGGUCAUAAACCAGACAUUUUUGUUUAUCUUGGCUUACAAAUUUAAAUUAAUUUGAAGACUAAGAGAGAAUCAAGAAUAACUGUUUGAAUAAAAUAAUAAAAACCAAGCUGUACAGUAUAGGUACUGCACUCAUAAUCAUAGAGGAGGUGGGGAAAAUAUAAUGGAAUAUGUUUGAAUGAAAUGUAUGUACUGCACACAAAAGAAAUUCCUUUGAUGUUAGUAGAUCUAAUAAUCUCAUCCUUAAAUUCUCUCACUGCCAAAGAUAUUGCUACCUUGGCAUGUUUAAUAUAACAUUAAAGCCACCAGCUAGAUGUCAUUUGUAACAAGCAUAUAUGUCAUAGGAAGAGUUUUCAUCAGUAGAGUAAAUGUACCUCUUUUAUUUCAGUUUCUUGUUUAGGAUAAUUUCAAGACUAAAGUUGCAAAAUAUCACUCCUUUUCAAGCAUGCUAAGCAAACAAGCCAGAUCCUCUGUACUUGCAUCACAUUCUUGAUUUAUGUAUUUUUUAAUAUUUUUAUAUUAUCGUCAGUAUUUUAAAUGCUAUUUGUUUCUAGCAUAUGGGCCUUAAUCUCUGUUCAUUAUUUUUGUUUUUUCCUCACUGGCACUUGGAUAAACUAUGCUGUUGAAAGGUUUUCUGUAGGUGAUUCAGGGUAGUAAAUCAGGACAUGGGUGUUGUGUUAGUGAAUACAUUUAUCAGUCUAUCAAAAUUUCUGUAACGACCAGCUGAAGAUACUUGCCUGCCUCUUCCACAGUGGUGGAAGAUGAUGGUGAGCUGUGAGCAACUUUGUUUGUUCCUGAAAACAGUAAGCAGAUUUUGCAAGACUGAGACUUACCUGGUUUUCCACAUAGUCAUUAUGAAAUUUUAUUUAAAAUAAAUCUUGGAACAAGAUUUUAAAACAACUGCCAACCAUUUUAGAUAAACUUAGUAAGUUUGUCAAGUGUCAAGGCCUGUGAUAUUAAAAGUUUAGAAGAAAGCUGUGUAAGUCUUAAGGGUACCUUACAGCUUUAGAAAAGGAUUAAGUAAAAAUCUGUCCCAUUUUAAUCAUCUGUAUUUGAGAUUUAAUGAAAAAAAAAAUUUGCUUCCAUCCUUAUUUUCUCUAGGCUAAACCUCUCCCUGAAUUUUUUUUAACUGUGUUCAUCAGAUUUUACCAAAGGUAGUAUCUGAGAGGCCAACUGAAAUAAAAAUGGGUCCAUAAAUUAUCCCUUAUAUCAUAAAUGAUUCUUAAGGUUUUCCUGUGAGGAGCUUGUUGGGAACAGAUGUAUAUUAAAGCUUUCUAUCCAUACAGUAAAACGUUGUCCUACAUUUUAGCUUGUGCAUGAUGAGCAGAGUGAUGAGAUCAAGUUUUAUUGAGCAGCCACUUGGGUGUGAGCUCCCAGUGUUUUACAGUCUGUAAAAAUUAAGUGGUUUUAGAGAAGACUGUCUUUGCAUUCUGAUGCAACUUUUUAAAAAGUGAUUAAUAAUCUAUUCAGGAGUCAACAUUUAAAUUGCUUUAAAAAUGUGGUUUGGAAUUCUCACAGGUUUUGAUUUUAGAGGGCAAAAUGGUCAGGGGGAGAUUUCUGUUUCGAAGUAUCUGCUGGUAAAGUGUCUCUGUGGUGCUUUGUCAUGGAAACUUCCUUACAAAUCAGUAGUGAAUCCUAUGUGUUUGAGUCCUCAUCCUCCCCAGACCUGAUCACAAAACAGAAAAAGUAGAACAACCUUUUACCUUUAAUUCUAAAACAAGUACUUGGGAGUAACAGAAAUACUGGCUAUUGACACUGUUCUUUCUGUUCAGACAGUUACUGUGGUUGUGCUAGAAUUUCAUGUUAUUAGUUUAUGAAAAAUGCAAGUAGUAAAAACUUUGUGGCUUCAAGUAUACAGUAGAUGUGAGUUAACAAUCACUCAGGAUAAAUCAACAUGUCAAAAUAGUAAUAGAUUCCUAGUACUGGGGUGUGUGAUGUGUGUGUGUGUCAGUGUUCAAUGAUUUCUUCUGUUUUCUUGCACAUAGUACAUACUUUAGGGGUGGGUAUUACUAGCUGGUUAUUUAUGGACAAAUACCAUAUGAUUAAAUAAAACAGAGUCAUUUAACACUUUUUUCAUAUUGAAGAUUCCAGGAAAAAGCUAAUAAAGAUUUUUAAUAAUCACCUACUCUUAAUACAUUUUAGAUUUACUAUGGUAGCUUUUCUUUGCUAUUAGAAGACCCCAACAACUAAAUUGAUAUAUACCCCAUGCUGCAUUUUUUAAAUUUGUAAUUCCUGUACUUGACAAUGAGUUUUUUGAUCUGUUUUUGUCCUUGUAAGAAUACAGGACUUGCUCUCAGUUUUACUAGCAAAAAAAAAAAAAAAAAAAAAACAAAACAAAA